AGGCGAAACUGUGCGAGUCGUGAGUUUUGCAUCCAGGCCUGACCUUGCCAGCUGUGGAGAAAUUGUGCGUUUGGCUCCGUGCCCAGACCUGACAUUCUUCACCAUCAUCACUCGGUAUCCUUUGCACUGUCCCAUAGCUGCAAAGAUCUGGUACCGUCUUGUCUCUUUCUGCACUCAAUACUGCAGAGCGGCAUCUACCUCACAAAUCCCUCUUCUCAGCUCACCGAGAACAGUAUGAGCACCAAACACGUCUUCCCUACGGCCGUCGGCCUCGUCGAGAAGGCAGAGCGCGGAGCCAUUGCCCUCAACCCUGCUUUGCGAUUCUACGCCCCCCACAAGGUUAUUUAUGACUGCACUCACAGCAACGAGAAAGUUGCCAUCAUCUCUGGCGGUGGUGCUGGUCACGAGCCUGGUCACGCAGGGGUCAUCGGACGCGGCAUGCUCACAGCUGCCAUCUCCGGUGAGGUCUUCGCGUCCCCGAGCGCAAGCCAGAUCUGCUCUGGUCUUGAUCUGGCCAACACAGACGCGGGUGUCAUCAUUGUCGUCAACAAUUACACUGGUGAUUGCUUGAAUUUUGGCCUUGCCGCCGAGAAAGCGCGCGCUGCUCUCGCCUACUCUGGCAACAAGAAGAGCGGAGGUGUCGAGCUUGUCAUCAUUGGUGAUGACGUUGCAGUCGGCCGCAAGAAGGGAGGUCUUGUAGGACGUCGUGGACUUGGAGGCAACAUCUUCACCUGCAAGAUUCUCGGUGCAGGGUCCGAAAAGGGUCUCAAUGUCUCCCAGCUCAAGAAGCUCGGUGACAGCACGAUUGCAAAUACCGUGACUGUGGGUAUGUCUCUAGACCACUGCCACGUCCCUGGUCGACCCAAAGACCCCGCCGAGUGGGGUGCUCUGCCCCAAGAGGCUUGCGAGAUCGGUCUCGGAAUCCACAACGAGCCCGGAUUCAAGCGCUUGGACAGGGUCCCUGACCCAGACAGUCUGAUCGAGGAGAUGCUGUCGUACCUCUUGAACCCCAACGACCCCGACCGUCACUACCUCGACUUUGACAAGGAUGACGCACCGGUCCUCUUCAUCAACAAUCUUGGUGGUAUGAGCCAGCUCGAGAUGAACGCAAUUACGGACGUGACUAUUACGCACCUGGCCAAGACGUGGGGCUUGCACCCGAGCCGAGUCUUCUGUAACCAGUACAUGACCUCGCUCAACGCACCGGGGUUCGGAAUUUCCCUUGUCAACCACAAGAAUGUCAAGAAAGAGACUGGCCAAGAUAUGCUCGAGCUUUUGGAUGCCCCAACCGAUGCUUACUCGUGGUCAGGCGUGAAGAGCGGAUGGGGUUCAGCUACCGGCAAGCCGCGCGACCGCGAAGCAGAAGAGAAAGAGGCAGCAGACCACCUCGCCAAGAUCCGCUCGCAAGGUGGUAGCGUUAGUGGUCUGAGCCAAGAUGCAAGCCAAUCCAGCGGCGGACCCUCCAACGGCAACCCCGAAGAAGUGCGCAAGGCCAUCGAGGGAGCUUGCAAGUCGGCCAUCGCUGCUGAACCCGAUCUUACUCGAUUCGACACGAUUGUCGGUGAUGGCGACUGCGGCGAGACGCUUGCUACUGCGUCCAAUGCUGUGCUCAAGGCACUUGCUGAUGGCAAAAUCGACUUGAGCAACGCUGCCGGCACCUGCUUGACGACCGGCACCGUGCUCGAGAGCGCCAUGGGUGGUACCAGCGGAGCUAUCUACGCGCUCUUCUUUGCCGGUCUUGUGCAAGGUCUGGUGAACGGAAGCGGCAAGAGUGGCCAGCCCGCAACGGCAGCCGAUUGGGGAAAUGCCGCCAAGUCUGCGCUAGAGAAUUUGGGCAACUACACUCCUGCACGUCCUGGCGACAGAACUCUGGUCGAUGCCCUAACUCCCUUGUGCUUGUCGUUGGGCGAAGGCAAGAGCUUGACUCAGGCUGCCGCCGACGCCAAAGCUGGAGCUGAGGCCACCAAGACGAUGACGGCUCGUCUGGGCAGAGCCACGUACGUUGGUGGAACGGAGAACAAUGCCGGCAUGCCACCUGACCCUGGAGCGUGGGGGGUUUGGGCCCUCGCUGAUGGUCUCGCCAAGGCCCUCAAUUAAGGGCAUUGGGACCGUCCUGACCUGCUCAGCAGUGAUGUGAGCGCAAGAUUCACCUAGAUCGCAAAGAAAUCCAAUCAUAGUCAACAUGCCACACUUUGCGCGUCUCUGCUAUUGACAUGUCCUUCGGCGCUCCAAUCGUCAAUUGGCA